UAAAGUUGGUGAAAAAGCAGGAAGGGGAACUUAGACGCCAAGCUUUUGCUGCCCCGUUACCCAGGGUGGGGGCACGUUAAUGGUCGAAUCGGUAGGGCGAGGUGGGAAUCUGACCCCGGUGCUGCGGAGAAACAAGGAUGGACAUCAGAAAUUUGCGACUGUUCGGUCCUGGCCUCUUGUUCCUGUUCGCCCUGCAUCACUGUUCAGCACGACCGUGUUUAGAUCCAAUCAUUUCUCCCCUCUAUGCGUCCUCUUUUUGGGCAUCUUCCAGAUACAAUUUUCUCUACUCUGCUCAUUUUUCCAAACUUCAUGGGAGCAGCGGGUGGUCUCCAGCUCCUGGGGACACGCAGCCAUGGCUUCAGAUCAAUUUGGGUAGGAAAUAUCGCAUCAUGGCCAUCGCCACGCAGGGUACCUUCAACUCUUACGACUGGGUGACCAAAUACACUUUACUCUAUGGUGACCGGUUUGAUGCCUGGACUCCUUACGUCAUGAAAGGCGGCAACAUGACAUUGCCUGGGAACUGGAACUACUAUCAAGUGAAGAGAAACGUCUUCCACUAUGGUUUUACUGCCAAACACCUGCGCUUGCUGCCCAUGGGCUGGAACACGGAGAACGGUGGAAAGAUUGGUGUACGCCUCGAGGUCUAUGGCUGUCCCUACGACUCAUACGUGAUGCAUCUCGAGGGCGACGACAUGGUGGCGUACUCGUUCCCCGAUGGGAGGUUGAGGACAUUGCAGGACCACUACGCUUUAAACUUUAAGACCCUGGAAAAAGAUGGUGUGCUGCUGUACAGCGAGGGUCUGCAGGGAGACUCGGUGCUGCUGGAGCUCAAAACCGGCCGACUCUACCUGCACAUGAGUCUGGGCUGCAGUACAGUCCAUGACAUAGACAGCAUGACUACAGUGCGACUGGGAAACUUGCUGGACACACAGCACUGGCACUACGUCAUCAUCAAACGGCACGGUCGAGAGCUCAACUUCACACUGGACAGCCAGACAGAAAGUGUCAUCCUCAACGGAGAGUUCAAUUACCUGGACCUGGACAAAGAGAUGUUCGUAGGUGGGGUAAUUAAGAAAGAUUCUCCUCACCUCCCAGGUAAGGUCAAUUUCCGUGGCUGUCUGGAGAACAUCUUCAUCAAUGGAGUCAAUAUUAUUUACAAGACGCAGUACCAAGACACUGACAUACAGCUUGCUCCCAAAAAGAAGAAGAUGCACUACACAUGCCGAGACCUUCUCUGGAGACCCAUGACCUUUGCGGGACCCAACAACUACCUCCAGGUGCCCGGGUUUUUCCGGAAGACCCGUCUGGCUGUGAAGUUUAAGUUCCGCUCAUGGGACUACACGGGCUUGCUGAUGUUCACCAGGUUUGCGGAUGAUCUGGGCUCUCUGGAGCUGGGACUGAGCGAGGGCCAGGUCAACGUUACCAUAACACAGCCGGGGAACAAGAGACUCCGCUUCGCUGCAGGAUAUCGAUUAAAUGACGGGUAUUGGCACACAGUAGAUUUGGCUGCGAGAGAUAACCUGCUGACCAUCACCAUUGAUGAGGACGAGAGCUCUCCACUGAAAAUCACCAACCCGUUUAUGGUUCGGACUGGAAGUACCUACUUCUUUGGGGGUUGUCCGAAGACUAAUAACACGGCACGCUGCGUAACCAAGCUGGCUCGCUUCCACGGCUGCAUGCAGCAGAUCUUUGUCGACGACGAGCCGGUGGACAUCGACGUGAUGCUGCAGAGGAAAUGGGGCCGAUACACCGAACUACUGCUGGGAACCUGUGGAAUCACUGACAGGUGCUCUCCAAAUCCAUGUGAACACGAGGGCAGGUGUAUUCAAUCCUGGAACGACUUCCUGUGCAUUUGCAACAACACGGGCUACAAAGGGGAAGUGUGUCACAACUCCGUCUACAGGGAGUCGUGCGAGGCGUACAGACUGAACGGGAAGUACUGGUCAGGAAAUUACACCAUCGACCCAGACCUGAGCGGCCCACUGAGACCCUUCACCGUCUACUGCAAGAUGUCCAUGACAUUGAACAAAUCCUGGACGAUUAUUGAACACAACCGCAUGGACAGGACCAAAGUGACCGGCUCCAGCGUGGAUCAGCCUUAUAUAGCGAACGUCAAGUAUGUGAACGCGUCGUGGGAUGAAGUGACGGCUGUGGCUAAUAUGUCACUGUACUGUGAACAGUGGCUCGAGUUCUCCUGCUACAAGUCGCGCCUUCUGAACACGCCGCAUGGAAGACCUUACACUUACUGGAUUGGUCGUCACAAUCAGAGUCAUGAAUACUGGGGAGGAUCUUUCCCGGAGAGCGGCAAGUGUGGCUGUGCCAUUAAUCAAACCUGCACCGACUCCAAGUUCUGGUGCAACUGUGAUGCAGACUACCGUCAGUGGUACACAGAUAAGGGCUAUCUGAUGUUCCGGGACCAUCUGCCUGUCAGGAGGGUGGUGAUUGGUGACACUAAUCGUACCGGCUCAGAGGCCCAGUUCAGCCUGGGACCACUGCGCUGUUUGGGAGACCAGGGCGUCUGGAACACGGUCGCCAUCACUAAGCCCACCUACAUGACCUUCCCCACCUUCAAACCUGGAACCAGCGCUGACAUCACCUUCCACUUCAGGACCUACCGCACCAACGGCGUCUUUCUGGAGAAUUCCGACGAUCAUCUGAGAAACUUCAUCAGGAUUGAGCUUAACUCCACCACCGAGGUCAUCUUCAUCUUCAUGGUCGGUGACGGGAUUCGGAAUGUGACUCUCCGCACUACAAAACCUCUCAAUGACAACGAGUGGCACUACGUCGAGGCCGAGAUCAAUGUCAAAAUGGCCCGGCUCAAAGUGGACUACUUUCCUCCUGCUAUCCACAAGUUCCCUGGUCAAACCUACAUCACCAUGCAGUUCACUCAACCCCUGCUCGUAGGCGCAGCCAAUCACACUUUGCGACCGUUCCUGGGUUGUAUCCGCGGUUUGCGGUUGAACGGCGUAGCCCUGGAUCUGGAGGGGAAGGUGGACGAGCGGACUGGGAUCAGGAGGAACUGUACUGGAGCGUGUCUCAAUGCCUCAAUACCCUGCAGAAACGGAGGCCAGUGCAUCGAUGGAUACGCGUCGUACUCCUGUGACUGCAACAACACCGCCUUUGAUGGUUAUUACUGCCAUUUAGAUAUUGGAGCGUACUUUGACGUGGGCGCUUGGCUGCGCUACGACAUCCGCAAAGAGCCGAUUUCAGAGGACGCCUGGUGGGCUCAUUUCUGGAUAGAACCUCACUGGCACCACUUUAUGCUGGGUUACAACACCACUACUGAUGAUAUCGAAUUCAGCUUCAGCACCCAUAACACCCCUGCUGUGCUGCUUUAUAUCAGCUCAUUUCACCGAGACUACAUUGCCGUACUGCUUCAGAAAGAUGGUACGGUGUCUCUGAGGUAUCGACUGGGUGUAAUAACACACAAAAUUCAGCUGACCAAUAGAAACCUGGCUGACGGCUUUCCUCACUUUGUCAACAUUACCAGACAUAACUACACAGUAUGGACGCAGGUGGAUUACAUGGAGCCGUGGGUAGAGAGGUUAACACCUGGGGAGAUUCCCAGAUUCGAUUCACCUAAGAGCAUCUUUCUGGGCCGAGUCAUGGAGGUCGGAGAUAUCGAUUACGAUAUUAAGUGGCACAACAGUCCGGGUCUGAUGGGUUGUAUCUCAGGGGUCCGUUACAACAUCUUCGCCCCUCUGAAAGCGUAUUUCCGGCCCAACGUAACCAAUCCACCCGUCACCACCCAGGGCUUUGUGGUGGAGUCCAACUGUGGUGCGAUUCCUCCGGUAUUAGGAUACGUCCCCUGGGAGGAUGACCCCUGGUUCACCGGCCUGUUCUUUUAUUAUAUUCAUGAUGACGUGACGCCACCCUGGAUGACAUUGAUCGUCACCAUUUCUCUGAUGCUGCUCUUCCUCAUCCUGUACGGUCUAUACAUCUACCUGUACAGAUACAAGGGCAGCUAUAUAACCAACGAGCCCAAAAACUUAGAGUCACCCAGCUCUUCACGACCUCUGACCGGAACGCUGGAGAAAAAGAACCUACCGGAAAUUCAGGAGGAGGCGAUGGGUGAAUAAAACUGUCUAUGGGUAACAGGGUCUGAGGGGUUUGGUGGGACAAAAGGUGGAGGUGGAGGAUACGGGUGGCGUUUCAACCACAGAGCGUGUUUAUAUUUUUGUCUCUAUAUAUUUCUUUGUUUGCCCCCUUUGUAAAAUAUUUGGGUGAGGAUGGGAUCUGGUGCUUCUGGUACUUUUUGACGGGGUAAUCAUGACAAUUUACAGGGUUUAGAGCCUGAACAAUCUUCUUAAUGGAGAACAGUCACAUUUGAUUCUAUCGAUUAUAACAGUUCAACAAACAUUUGCAAGAAUGACCCAGAGAAAACUGGACCAAUGACAUCACUGUGUCUGUAUGAUUUAGGGGAAAGCAGUCUUCCAAAAACGUUGUAGUGGCAUAGGCUAUGAGGUCCGGUCUGGUUAACACAGACCCAGUGAUGUCAUUGGUCCAGUUUGCUCUGGUAUUACACAAAAACAAAUGUGACAGUUCCCCUUAAAACCAAUCUGUGUCCCAUAAUGCACUGCUGGCUAGCUAAAGUGCCUCAGGAAUGAAAAUAGAGCCAACAGAAUGUGAUACACAAUGUGAUACACAGUGAUACACUCUAAAACAUUUAUGUACAUGUUAACAUUGUUUUUAUUUCUAGUAAGCUAAAGUCAAUAUUGUAAAUGCAGAUUAGCAGGUAUUUUAUGAUUGUAGAGCUCUGAUUGCGCUAAUUUAAGACUAUCAUAUACAAAAGUAUUGUUAAUGUUGCUCGGGUGCUCUAACAUGCUACUCCAUCACUAUUGAGAUCCGAGUUUGAAUCUAGGCUGUGCUGUUGACUAGGCUGUGCUGGGUGCCUAAACAGACAUGAUUGGCUGAGCUUAUGCUUAGUGAUGGUUAAAGGGAUUCCUCAUUACUGCUGAGAUGGGGAAUAAUGGAGAGCAGUGCAUGACUCUCACUGGUCUCUGGUAGGUGAAAAAGAAGCAGCUGCACAAGUGUCAAAGGGGAGGUUUGUUAGGUACGACCCUCCUUAGUCAGGGUAAGGGACUUUAGUAUGAAGAAUAGUUACAGGAUAAGACAAGAUACGACUAGAUUGGGAGAACAAAGGAAAAAUGCAUAAAUAGGAUAGAAAAGUAGUGUACAUCCACCUGUCUGACACAAAAUCAAUGCCUAUUUUUAAAUAUGGAGAGAAGCCACUCUGUUACUAGUCAUUUACUGAUUAGCACUGAGAUUCUGCUACUUCUUCAAAUCUUCCUGAUUAUUUAUUCAGCCCCAUAAAAAGUCUAAGAGCAAAGCACUGUAUGUUGUACUUCAGUUUGCCUUGACCUAGGGUUACUGUUCCUGUUACUGUUUCUACUCGAACGAAUCUACAGCAGGGUACAAAAGUAUGAGUACACUCAAAAACUGUGUUUUUUUUAUUUUGCUUUUAAUCCGGAUGUCAAAAACAUAUGUUACUCUGUUGAUCACUGUUACUGCAAAAAUAUUAACUAUUUAGAUAAAAUAGACAAGUUUUAAUUGUUUGAGAAAUCCCUGGACAAAAUUAGACUGUUACCAGCCGCCUGAUGCCCCUAAAAUAGCCAGGAGGAUCUUGUUUUAAACAAUUUAGUCAUUUAUGUAAGCCACAAUUGUUGCCUCCUAAAUGGUUUAGCUUCUGCAUAUCUAUCUCACUGAUCUCCUGAAGCAGUAUAGCCCAUCUCGAGCAGUUAUUUCAUCCAGUGGGUAACUGCAUUUCUCUAUACUCUGUAGACGUGUUCAAGUUAUAUAAUCGUCCAGCCUCAUUGCCUGAUCCUCCUAAUGCAACUGGGGCUGAACAGAAGUGAAUUCCUGCAGUUACAAUCUACAGUAGUUCACGUACUUACAUACGGCUAAAAACGAAAUGAUCGUGUGUCCUGGUAGUAAAACAACCUAAAAGUGAAGAGCUUUUUUACUUCUGUAUUUAUACACAGGGUGCUUGUACUGAGGUGCUAGACAAGACAAGGGAGAAAUUUUAUUAACUAUUAACUAUGAAUAUUUACAUAAAUCCCUUGAUCCAGAUCAUUUAGCUGAAAUGUUUAAUCUAAAAUGAUGUUAAACAUAAACAACAGUGAGGUGUCUGAAUGGGUAAAACCCACGAAAACAUAAAUCACAAUUACGUUGGUCAGUGAAAACGUUUAAACCUUUUAUACUCCUCCUAUUACACUAUAACAUUACUGUUAACAAUAAAAAUGUACGUUUCAAUGAUCAACACACCAAACCUAAACCAUUUACAGCUUUCCCCUCUAACGUUGCACUAGUUUUUCAUUUGCAUUAAAAAAAAAAAAAAAAAAAAAAUCGCUGUUGCUGCUAGCAUUGCUUUCUAGCUGCUUUUAAUAGAGAUAUAACCAAAGUUUAGAGUCUUUCAUCACCAUCCGAACCCUCCACAGAGGUCUCACUAGGAGCAAUGCUUAAAAAUAAAGUAGAGAUGUGAAAGCUAUGCAUCCUGCAUGAAAACAGCACUUUCCAUUAAAAUGCAAUAAGAUAAAAAAGAAUCAGCUGCUUCCAAUGCUAGUCUCAUUGCGUCUGACGUCCUGUUCUGGCUGUUUGAUAUAAUAUCCACGUGUAGAUGUAUAGACGAAUGUGUAUAUGGUCGUUUUUUAUUCAUCAGAUUUGUAUUAAAAUAGAAAUGGGAACUAUUUUAAUAAGGAUGAGUGUAGAACGAGUUUAUUGUUGACAGCAAUGACUUUUCCUCAUUAGUCCUGGUUUAUUCUCCUGUCUUCACUCACUCAAGAUUAAACAGACUGGACGGUAGUAAAUGAGUCAAUUUCCUGUUUGUGUGAACGAUACAGUUUGAUUUUAUAAGUUCUGAUAAUGAUUGUCAGCAUCAGGGCUCAAACGCUGGACGGGAAUCACAUGUACAAUGUUCGUCUUUCAAUCCACUGUGACAUUGAAUUCAUUUCAUGUGAACACUGGACACAAUCCACAAUAUAUGGCCGAAAUUAUGUGGACACACCUUUAAAUGAUUAGGUUUGGGUGUUUCAGCCACACCUGUUUCAAAUAGCGUGUACAAUUAUUCAUGUACAUGAGUUAUAUGCUUCUUGCAAAGAGCAAAGAGCCAUGACCUUAACAGCUUAGGGAUAAAUUGGAAUAUCAACUGCAAGCCAGGCCUCCUUAACCAACAUCAUAGCUGACUUUACAGGUGUUUGGUUUUUUUUUUUUUUACUAAAGGGGUGAUAAAUACCCACAGACACAGCCCAAAAUCUUGUGGAAAGCCAUCCCAGAAACAAUGUUUUGAUUGAUUUUAUUUGAUUGAUAUAUUUAGGCUUUAUAUUAAAAAAAGACAAAAAUCAGUUUUUAAUCAGUUUUGAUUGAUUUUAAGUCAGUAUCAGGUAUUAGGUGUACUAGCCCACUUUGGGAUGCUUUGGUAGCUUGAGAGAUGAUUUGGAAUAUCACCAACUGAUCCGCCUUUGUCAUUUCAGAGUAAUCAGAAUGUUAUCUGAUGUUAUUUGAAGGUUCUUAAUUGAAUUGUGUAGAAAAUGGUAAAUAUUACAAUGUACAAUGAUUUUUAUUAUCUUACCUGAGCGCUUAUAAAAUAGUCUUAGAUCAUGGACUUACUUACAGUCCCAGUUCAGUCAGGACUGGGUGAAAUGUUUCCAUCAUUCGAAAUGUUCACUGAUGUUUUUGUAACAUCAUCGUACCACCAUGACUGUAUAGAACACAAAGCCAAACUGACACUUCAAUAAAGGAAGCUUGAAAGA